ACGCAACCGCUUCCAGAGUGAAGUUGAAGUCGCUGUGUCCGUCGUCCAUGAUGCUUUUAGCAUCGAGAGGGGUGUUCCAGGCCACAAAGGCCGCCGUGCGCCCACGUGGGGCGGCAUCCUUCCACACUCCAUCCAUCGCAAGGUCGCCAACCAAUGCAUUUGUGCAAACGACUGCUACGUCCUCGCCUCGCAAUGUUUCUCAUUCAUUGCAGAAAUCACUGUCGCGCCUGUUCUCACGCUUUCUUUCGGCUCGAGGCGUAGCAACUACGCCUCUAAGUUAUGGGUUCUCCAGUACUCGUAGUGCUCACGUUUCAGCAAGUGUUCCCCUUCAGUCGUCCCUAUCGCUGCCUUCCAGAAUAGCCCUUUCGAAGCCCUUCGGAGCUCCGUUCAUGCCCCGUGGACCCAUCGUGCUGAACAGAUCUGUGGCACAAGUUGGGCUUGGUACCGCAAGGAACUUCUCAAAUGGAAGACCCAUCUUUCAGAAUCUUGUCCAAAACGUCCCAGUGGCCGGAAGGGCGUUCUUUGAAGCUGAUGUUGACUUCAGAUUUAAAAAUGACGUCCGCAUUCGUUCUCCAGUGAACAGGGCGAAGGAGAACAAGACCACGAUCCGAAAGGAAAUGAAGCCAAUCAACAUCACCCCUGUUGUUUCUCUCCUCUCCACCGUUGGAGGACCAGUUCCCAGGGUUGAACCUUCCCAAUACUUCUCCGAGUCCCCUUCCGCUCCCUAUAUCACCACACUCUCGAUUCCUCUCGCCCCCAAUGGCGCUAGAGCUCCAUUGGAGCCGUUGGUCGACAGCGACACGUAUUCAAAGGCACUUGACAUACACAACUCGUUCGAGCAACACUCUAUUAGAGUUGCCAGUUUAUUCCGCCGCCUUGACAGGGUGAACGUUUGGGCCAAUGGAGCGACCGUUGAUUGUCUUGAUAUAGUGGGGGACGGUCUGUGCCGCAUGAUCAACGUCCAUCUGGACGGGUGGACCGAGGAAAUGCUGAGAGAAGUCAUUGGUGACGCCGGUGCUGGGUGGUGUCGCAUAACGUCCAUUCCGAAAGAGCCCACAGAACCUGUCGCCCAGUCUAUUGAUUCAUCCUUCUAUCCUUCGCCCGCAAUGGAUCAAAUGGAGUUUGACAUGCCGACUCUUGAUUUCUCCGCAUCUUUCUACGCUUCCCCGCUGGGUCAACGUGGCCAUGAAAUUACUGAAUCAUUUGCGUCCCCUAUCUUCGACGCAGUGGGAGAAACGACGGAACAACAUCACACCAUGGAGGAGUCUGAUAUAGAGGGCAGCGUUAUUUCCUCGGAGCUGUUUUGGGACACGUCAAGCGAGGCCGGAAGUGACAGCGGGAAUGGCACAGUGGACAUGUGGCAAUUGAGUCCUUCUGGGAUAGGAUCACGAAUCAGCAUCAGUUCUUCAUUUGAGCGUUUUUCUGGCUAGACUACAUUGUACGAAUUUAUGCAUUUGCAACAAGACAAGAUCAAGAAUCAGGUGAUCAAGUGAAUAUUUUCUUGAUCAUGUGGCACCAAGGGUC